AUGGGGCGUCCAUUGUCCGGCGGCGUGGGGCAGCCCAAGCUCCGCAAGGGGCUGUGGUCGGCCGAGGAGGACGAGACCAGGCUCGCCGGGCUGAACCGUUGCGGCAAGAGCUGCCGCCUCCGGUGGAUCAACUACCUCCGCCCCGACCUCAAGCGCGGCUGCUUCUCGCAGCAGGAGGAGGACCACAUCGUCGCGCUCCACCACAUCCUCGGCAACAGGUGGUCUCAGAUCGCGUCGCACCUGCCGGGCCGGACGGACAACGAGAUCAAGAACUUCUGGAACAGCUGCAUCAAGAAGAAGCUCCGGCAGCAAGGCCUCGACCCGGCCACGCACAAACCCAUGGCCGCCGCCUUCACGGCCACGGCGGCAUUGCCGGACGCGGAAGAGGAAGACUGCAAGCCCCUUGCCGCGGGUGCGGACGGCAUCCUCGCUCCGAAGCAGCCGACGGUGUUCGACCCGUUCCCGGUGUGCGCCGACUACGGCGCUGGGUUCGCCGACGACCUCGGCGCGGCGAACGCGGCGGCAUUGUAUGGCCAGUUCUGCGGUGGAAACGAGGGCGCGGACGAAGACGCCGGGUUCGGCGCCGCAGACUACAGCUGCGUGCUGGACGUGUCGGAGAACCUGGGCUACGGGGAGAGCUCCAGCAACAGCAGCAACCGGAACUACGGCGGCGAGGUGGGCAGCAUGCUCGACGGCGAGGUGGGAAGCAUGCUCGAUGGCGAGGUGCUACACUGGGCCAAGCCGGAGCCGGCCUUCGCGGAGAUGGAGUAUGAGUUCUCGCUGCCAUGCCAAGAGCAGAGCCUCCUCCCAAAUUUCGAGUUCAACUUGGAACACUACUUCUGA